AUGGCUCCGUUCCGCAAUAGAGACCGUUCCAACAGGUCAGGACGUGGGCAGAUAGAGCAUAAUGUGCUAGAGGGACUUCCCAUCACGCAGUAUCGGGAGGCUGAAAUUACUAUUGAACCACAUUCUGCCGAGAACAAGCCCUUGGAUAAAAAUGCUUGGCCGGAACUCCCUAUGCCCCGGGACUCCCAUAUGCUUCCGGAGCAUUCUCAGCAGCUACUACGAGCAGCUCGGUCUGGAAAGCUCUAUAAACCACCGGCACCACCAGAAGAAGACAAUGAAAUGAAAGACGAAGAAGAAGAGAGUAAAGAGAUUCGCACUGGAUUUACCAUCAAGAAGUAUGUUAAGGUAGCACGCCACCUGGAGGUUUCAGAGCCAGAGUAUCUUGCAAAGAGAAGGAAGGGCCUCCCUUCGCCAUACGUCAGCCCUCCAGUGGUACAGCCUGCAUUGCGCGAAACAAAGGUCAAAAAGCUUGAUGCGGAAGGCAACGUAGCUGUCUACAAGGUGCUUGUUCCCGAAGGACAGUCGGUAGAGGGCGAAGUCCAACCUACCGAUGCUGCAAUCGAAGUCGCACCCGCUACAGCUGCUCCAGGAACGAUUGUUGAGGGCGUUGGUGUGGUCAACGCCGAAGGUAUUGUUGUAGCCAACGAUAUUGUGCAACAGACUCCGCCCAGGAGACGGCCUCCUCCUCCUAAGAAGAAGGUUAAGCGUGGAGGUCCUGGUAGGGGCAAGAAGAAGGUGGUCUUUGCUGAAGGUGCGGCAGAACAAGGAACACCUGCAUCGACUGCCGGUGAUUUGCUUGAAGUACCUAGCAUCAAGCGAGAAGAGGGAUCAGUAGCACCUUCAGAUGGAGGAGAUACGCCGAUGGCUGAUGUCGGUGGAGAAGAUGAGGAGGGCUCUGGUGAAGAGGGCUCAGAGGAUGAGGAUCACGAUAUGGAACGUACUUCGACUCCUGCAACCCCCCUCCGACCGUCAGUACCACCGACCGGCGCAUCCGCUAUGGAUACAUCGGGUCCUCUGGAAACCGCUCCAGCAGCGUCUGUUGCGGAAUCUUCUGUCGAUGUGCCGAUGGAGGAACCCACAGAGCCUCUUGCCAGCGUCCCCAUCGAGGCUGCCAUCGAGACAACAGAAAUGACAGAUGCCCCAGCGACUGUCAGCGAGCCACCGCAAGAUACUACAAAGACUGAGCCAUCAGACUCAAAAACUACGACAACCGAGACAACACAAGAAGCUGCAGGGCGUGAUGCUUCUAGUUCACCAGACCUGCCGUUGUCUGCCAUAUCCCACAGCCGUCAAAAUUCUCUCAACAAUACGGCAACUUCUGCAACUACCACUGAAAAUGCCGUCCCCGAAGAUACUACGAACGAAGCCCCAGCCCCUACAGUAGAAGCGGAUGCUGCACCGGAACCUGUCAUCACAUCCGAAUCUGAGCCAGUAGCCGUGGCUGUACCUGCACCUGCGCCUGAGCCUUCACUAGAGUCUGCACCAGAAGCUGCACCGGAGCCAGUGCAAGAGGUUGUGACAAAGCCAGAGCCAGAGCCAGAGACUGCGACAAAGCCAGAACCAGAAACUGCAGCAGAGCCAGAGCCAGAGCCAGAGCCAGAGCCAAAGCCGAAAUCGGAACCUGAAUCUGAACCUGAGCCUGAAACUACGCAGUCCGAACCUGCUGUUCCUUCUGCACCACCUUCCGAACCGGAUCUUAUGGGAAGUCUUGAAGAACACCUCGCAAAAGACAGCGAUGAAAUGGCCAGAUCAUAGAGCAGCCGAAGUCGACAUCUGUCUCUUGUUCUUCUUUCCUUAGGCGUAAGAUAACGGGCUAUGGCGGGGGUAUGAAACCUCGCCGUCGUGUACAACUAUAAUCUCAGUGUGGGUCACAAAAGUCACUGCGGCCUCUCCAUUCUGGGCAAGCCAAGUGAUUGAAGAUUUAUUACUCGUCCCAGAUAUUUUUUUAUCCAUUUGGCGCUGCUUGGUUGUUGAAUGCAUGAAUGCUUGUCAGGUGUUCUUGGUCUUGUUUAACUGAAGUUUUGCGCGUUGUUGUAUUAGCACGAACGAAUGAUAUAGAAC